UUAUCACUGAGUGUGUAAGAUGUUCACUUUAGCUUUUUCUAAAGUAGGUCAGCUAAAUUGUUUCUAUCGGACGUGGAACGGUGUUAGUAACAGCGUUACACAUUGUCUUACCAGGCAAAUACACAGUGGUACUUAUGAUGUAGCUGUUAUUGGUGGAGGAAUUGUGGGACUUGCUGCUGCCAGGGAACUAAUUUUACGUCAUCCAGCACUCCAUUUCAUCAUAUUGGAAAAAGAAAAAGAACUAGCUUGUCAUCAGAGUGGUCACAACAGUGGAGUUAUUCACAGUGGAAUUUACUACAAACCAGGGUCAUUAAAGGCCAAGCUGUGUGUGCGGGGUGCUGCUUUAACCUACAACUAUUGCACACAAAAAGGCAUCCCAUACAAAAAAUGUGGUAAACUUAUAGUAGCUGUUGAACAAGAAGAAAUCCCAAGACUGAAGGCACUGUAUGAGAGAGGUCUUGAAAACAAUGUCCCAGAUCUGAAGCUGAUUGGUGCUACAGAAAUUCAGAAGAAGGAGCCAUACUGCAGGGGAGAAGAAGUACAGGCUCAAUAUGUGCUGACCUGUGGAGGGCUGUAUUCUGAUCGGCUGUCGCAGAUGUCAGGCUGCAGUCCUGAGCCUCGAAUUGUUCCAUUUCGUGGGGAUUACUUGGUUUUAAAACCAAAAAAACACUAUCUUGUCAUGGGAAAUAUUUAUCCUGUACCAGAUCCAAGAUUUCCAUUCCUUGGAGUUCACUUUACACCUAGAAUGGAUGGAAGUAUCUGGCUGGGACCGAAUGCAAUACUUGCAUUUAAACGUGAAGGUUAUAGUAUGUGGGAUUUCAGUCCGAAGGAUUUUUUAAAUGCAGUUUGCUUCAGUGGCCUUCAUAAGCUGGUGAUCAAGAAUUUAAUGUUUGGGAUAGCUGAGAUAUAUAGAGGAGCGUUUAUUGCAGCUCAGGUAAAGCAGCUUCAGAGAUAUAUACCGGAGCUAACAAAAGAUGAUAUUCAGAGGGGACCGUCUGGAGUAAGAGCACAAGCCCUGGAUAAGGAUGGAAACCUCGUGGACGAUUUUGUGUUCGAUGGAGGUGUUGGUGCACUUGGAAGUAGAGUCUUGCAUGUCAGAAAUGCUCCAUCACCUGCUGCUACAUCUUCUCUCGCAAUUGCAGAAGUCAUUGCAGAUGAAGUGGUGGGCAGAUUUCAGCUGUAGCACUUACGACCAUUCUUUUUUAAGAAAAUAGGCAGGGUGGGGGUAUUUUAGUGCUUCUUAUUCAUGACUACUGUCUGGAGCACAGCAGUCAGUAAAGCAAGUCAUUAACAGAAGCAAGAUUAAAAAGGAUUUGGAUGCCAAAGAUGUUCAGAAUUUGACUGCACUGCAUAAACUGUCGAUUACUAGAGAUGUGAAAACAGUAUGUGACUCAGUUUCCCUAGGCCUUUUGAUUCAGUGAGCUGAAAAAAAAGGUCUUUCUGCUGUGGAUAAUGGACUACUCUUGGAUUCUGACAAGAGAUAAUUGGUGAUUGUGUUUCUUUACAUUUGUAGUACAUGAAAUAAAGUCUUUAAAGGUA